AUGAAAUAUUUCCUAGUCUUUCUAACUAUCGGCCUAACUUGGGCCUGCGAUUUCAAGGCUGUAAUCCAAUCUGAAACUGAGCACGAGCUAUGGGCUCAAUUCACGUUUCAUAACAAAACGCAAAGCGAGCUGUGAGUUAGGCUAAGUUCAUAGGAAAACAUUUUUUUUUCAUAGGAGAAAUGUGUUUUUUCAGAAUGCAAUUCAGCAGCUACGGACAGAACAAAACUGUGCCAAUAUCUGGAAAAUUCUGUAAUUUUGCACCGACAAUUCUGAAAGUGCGUGAAUAUUUUCUACCUUUUUAAAUAUUGUUUAUUAAAAUGCUCAUAAUUUCAGGCUUGGUCCAAAUAUCCGAAAAAAGACGACAAGCCUUUGGGUGAGACUUCGGCUUACUUAGAAGGAAUGGGUGUGAUGUAUUAUAAGGUGGGAAGAUUUUCUGGGGUCCACGAAAACAGAUUGCUCAUGUUAAAAAAUGCUUUGAUUUAAAUUAAAUUAUUAGUCCUUGAAAAUCCACGUGGCAAAUACCAGAUUUUCACUCCUGAAAAUUCUUCCAGCUUCACGCCAAAACCGGGCCUUCCGCAGUGCGCGCUGACCGCAUGAUUUGCGCCUUCGGACAAUGUCGCGGACGAAAAUAG